AUGGAGUCCCGUCAACGGCUAAACCAGGACGAAAUAGCUACAAUUUUAGAAAAUGAUGACGAUUAUUCUCCGCUGGAUUCGGACUCCGAGGAAGAAGAUCGUGUAGUUGAAGAUGACGUCUGGAGUGAUAACGAGGACGCGAUGGUCGAUUUCGUUGAAGAUACAAGCAGGCAAGAGGACCCCGAUAACAAUAUUGCUUCUCGGGAAUCGCCUAAUCUUGAGGAAGACUAA